GAAGAGGGAACGUGGAGGAGAAAAGGGACAUGGGAAUGUGGGGAGGACAUGGGGACACACUGGGAGGAGGGAGGGAACGUGUGGGCGCUGCCACAUCGGGAAACACCCAACUAAACCCUGGGUGUGAAUUCCCCCGGAUUGCCUUUGUAUAAACGCAAAUCAAAUGUUUAAACAGGUUCCAGUGUAAGUUGGGGAAUGACCUGUUAGAGUCCUGGGGACAGCAGGGUGACCAUGAGCCAGCACUGGGCCCUUGUGGCCAGGAAGCCAAUGCCGACAGAAAGAAGAGGAAUGAGGCACCAUGUCUGAGGGCAGCCAGAGGAACUCGCCAGCCUUUGGGCAGGUGGUGAUCGGGCCACCGGGCUCUGGGAAGACGACGUAUUGCCACAGCAUGCGGGACUUCAUGGGCAGGAUCGGGCGGCAGGUGACGGUGGUGAACCUGGACCCUGCCAACGAGACCAUACCCUACCCGUGCGCCGUGGACAUCGCCGAGCUCGUCACGCUGCCCGACGUGAUGGAGAACCUGAGGCUGGGACCCAACGGGGGGUUGAUUUACUGCAUGGAGUACCUGGAGGCCAACCUGGACUGGCUGCAGGAGAAGCUGGCCGCGUUCAGGGGGCACUACUACCUGUUCGACUGCCCGGGGCAGGUGGAGCUCUACACCCACCACGACGCCCUCAAGAACGUCUUCGCGCAGUUAGCCAAGUGGAAUUUUAGGCUCGCUGCCGUGCACCUGGUGGACUCUCACUACUGUACGGACCCCGGCAAGUUCAUCUCUGUCCUCUGCACCUCGCUCUCCGCCAUGCUGCACGUGGAGCUGCCCCACGUCAACAUCCUCUCCAAGAUGGACCUGAUCGAGCAAUACGGCAAGUUGGCUUUCAACCUGGAUUAUUACACAGAGGUCCUGGAUCUUUCUUACUUGGUUGACCAUUUGGCUUCUGACCCCUUCUUCAGAAAUUACCGCCGCCUCAACGAGAAGCUGGUGGAGGUGAUUGAGGAUUACAGCCUGGUGUCCUUCGUUCCGCUCAACGUCCAGGUGAUGAGCAGGGACUGUUGGAUUGUGGAGAUGAGGUUCUUAGGACAAGGAGAGCAUGCGGCGGGUGAUGCAGGCGGUGGACAAAGCCAACGGCUAUUCCUUCGGCGAGCAGGAGCACCGCAGCCUGGAAGCUCUGAUGUCGGCAGCGGUGGGAGCCGAUUUCCACUUUUCUUCCACACUCGCCGUGCAGGAGAAGUAUGUGCAAUGUGAGGACAAAGCUGUGGAAGAAGAAGUGAUGGGUCUGUAACACACUCGCCGCAGCCGCUCUCGGUUUUGUCACCUCUCCUUCUCCUACCCGGACAUCUCCGCGUCGGGUGACUCAGACCCAGCGAAAACCUCUCCAGGCAGAGCUCUGCCUGCUGAACUCCUUCUCUGCAAAGGUUUGAGCCUCUGCCUUUCAGCCCAUGCACAGAGCAGCGUUUCUGCAGGAAGGUGAUGGCCGAGGGCAGGACAAGCCGUGUAUUCCCUUAGCAACAAGCGAGAUUUAGCCAGGGGAAGGCACGGUUAGCAAGAGAUAAAGGAGACUGAGCUUUGUUAGUUCUCCUCCCCAUCAUGACCAAGAUAGAUCCGGAGAAAGAAAAAUCAGUCUGAGCCAUCUCUUGCACUGAGAUUUGAGGUGAAAGUUGUGGGUUUCUGCACAGGAGGAGUGACCAUGGGCCUCGCGCUCCCUGGAGCAGCCGGGCUGAGCAGCCUCCCGGAGGACAGAACGAUGGUUGGUUUUCUUUGGGUUGUUUUUUUUUUUGUUGUUGUUUUGUUUUUUUAAAUAAUGACGUACUCUUUCUUAAUAAAACGCUCCUUCGUCUCGCUUUCA